GCUCCUAGCAAUAAUUUCUUAGCGUAGUAAUCAGUUACGUGACUGCUGACAGUUAUUGUUCUGGAGGAUUGUCAUCCUGGCUCUAAGUCGUGCGGCGCGGCUGCGGCGUGGUCGCAAGCGUUUUGACCUAGGGUCGUAACACCUAGCUACGACGUGCGGAAACGUGCAGCAAGGCAGGGCAGACAUGUGCAUUGCCGCUGCGACCACUGUGGUGGUAAACAAUGCAGUCAGCGCAAAGCCCCUCCGCUCCUUAGCUGGCCGAGUAGCACUCUCAUCUCAAAUCAGGCCCAUCUCGUUUUAAUACUGGCAUUUCAAAGACCCUCAGCGUACUUGUGCAUCACCGCCAGCUAUCAUGGCUACGCUCGACAAUCUCAAGCGAGCUUUGGUGCAAGUCGCCAACGCCACAACCUCUGUCGCAUCUCCCCGGAAACCCUUGACCGACAAGCAAUACGUAGCCGGUUUCGAAGCCUUCGUUCAAGGACCCAGCUGGGCGACCUAUCGCGACUUCAUCAUCCCGGAGUUGUCCUACCUGCUAGCUCCACUACACCAAUCAGACACGUUGAUAACGGUUCUAGAGAUCGGUCCGGGUCCUAAAAGUGUUCUCGGUCAUCUACCUGAAACCUUGCGAGGGAAAAUCGGAAACUACACGGCUUUCGAACCCAACGCUUUGUUCGCUUCGAAGCUGGAAGAGUGGUUGAAGGGCGACGAGAAGACGGUCACUACCUCAAAAGCUCCGUUCGUACGCUUGGAGAGUGAUCCUGUUGUUCAUCAUGCUCCAUUCCAUUCGGAAGACGACACGAUUAGUGGUACCAAUAUCGAGAAGUACGACAUUGUUCUCUUGUGCCACAGCAUGUACGGUAUGAAACCGGCAAGCAAGUUUGUUGAACGCGCUUUGAAGAUACUCCUCGACGGCGGAAUCGUCGCAGUCUUCCAUCGUGACGGAAAUCUUCACAUCGACGGCUUGGUCUGCCACCAUACGGCUUCCUACCCCACCGGAGUUAUCGGCGUAGCAGACAACGACGACGCACUGGACAGUUUCACAUCUUUCGUCGCUGGCUUCACCAUGCAAGAUACCGACGAAGACAACGCUGUUCGAGCGGACUGGCGAAAGCUAUGUCGUAAUCUGGCCCGCCGAGAUGACGCCUACCCCCAAACCCUCCUAUUUAACGCACCUGAAGUCAUGUUUUCUUUCAAUCACCACGCCGACAAAGUGAAGGAGCUGGAGAUGCGUGUGGGUCCGAUGUUAGAGGAAAAACCGGUCAAGAACAAGCAGGCUCAUACUGUUGAGAAGGUGCAAUAUUGCGUCCAGUGGGCACUCGACCAUGGUCUUGGCCUGACUGUUGUCGGUGGAGGACACAGCGCACAUUGCCUCAGAUCCAAUGUUGUGGGCAUUGACAUGAGUGCUUUCGACUCCGUACAUGUACUCAAAAAGGUUGGGUAUGAAGAGGACCAAGACGCCACCUCCACUCCACUGGUAGUCGUUGGGGCUGGAUGCAAGACAGACGAUAUCAUCGGCAGAACUCUCGAUGAGGGCAUCACAAUACCUCUAGGAUCUCGCCCAAGUGUUGGAGCCGGGCUCUGGCUACAGGGUGGUAUAGGCCAUCUUACCAGGCUACACGGGCUCACCUGCGACAAUAUUGUCGGCGCCGUACUCAUCAGCGUGACUUCCGGAGAAAUCUUCUAUGUCGGCUGUGUGCCGAUUGAGCAUCUUCCAAAGGGGGUCCAUCGUCCAGAGAAUGAGAUUGACAUCCUCUGGGCACUAAAAGGUGCAGGAACGAACUUUGGUAUCGUACUCAGCGUAACAUUCAAGGCUUAUCCCGCCCACACGUUUGUUACGCGAAACUGGGUACUCCCUCUGAGCGACAAUGCCGAAGCCAAAUGUAAAAUCCGGGAGUUCGACGAAAUAAUCGCAAAAGGAUGCAGCAAGUUCUGUUCCGCUGAUGCAUACCUAUACUGGGAGGACGGACGACUCAACCUUGGGAUCACAACGUUCGCCUCGACCGCAUCUUCCCCAUCGCCUAUGACUAUCAUGUCCAAGCGUGAAGGCGAUAUAUGGGGAACCGACAGCGACAUCAAGAUCAUGAAUGGCGUAGAAGCGUUCGGAGCCGAGAUGUACAUGUCCGCGAUGCACGGGGGACAUGGUGGCGGCAAGACGUCAUCUUUCAAGCGUUGCGUAUUUCUCAAGGAUAUUGGAGGGUGGGGAAUCGCUCAUCGCCUAGUCUCAGCGGUCGAGUCUCGCCCGUCGCCGUUCUGUUACCUCCAUCUGCUGCAUGGCGGCGGGAAGGCUGGCGAAGUCGCACCUGAAGCGACUGCGUUUGGUUGCCGAGACUGGGACUUUGCUUGCGUCAUCACAGGGGUGUGGCCUCGGGAUAAGGAUGGCAGUCAUAUUGCGCAUGCUUCCGUGCAGUGGGUGUACGAAAUAGUCGAUAGCUUGCUGCCGUUAAGCAAGGGCACGUACGGAGCGGACCUUGGACCUGACUCCCGAGAUGCAGUGCUGGCGGAUAAGGCGUUCGGGCCGAACGCCGUGCGCCUCGGUCGUCUCAAACGCCUGAUGGAUCCACACAACGUGUUGGCGUGGGCCUGUCCGUUGCCGAACCCCCCGUUGCCCAAACUCAUCAUUCUUGUUACCGGCGAACACGGCGCUGGUAAGGACUAUUGCGCCGGUGAGUGGGUUGCUGUGUUCUCUGAACUACAGGGCGACGUCUCUUCUUCGAGGCACGGUAUCUGCGUGCAAGCUGUGGGCAUCAGCGACGUGACGAAACGCGAGUUCGCCGCCGCGACUGGUAACGACUUUCGCCGCCUUUUAGACGAUCGCGCAUAUAAGGAGCAACACCGUCCAGCGCUGACAGCCUUUUACGAGGAACAAGUCCAGAAACGACCCCGACUGCCAGAAGAACACUUCCUGCAAGUUGUGCAUGAAGCCGCACGCGCAGAUGUCGAUGUUCUGUUCAUCACGGGGAUGAGAGAUGAGGCACCUGUCGCAUCAUUCUCUCAUCUAGUGGCGGCGAGCAGAGUGAUCGAAGUCCAUGUUAAUACCAGCAAAGUCUCACGGGUCGCUCGUGGGGUACGCACCGAGAAGACGACUGAAUCUAAAGCUCCGCGACAUUGUCCAAAUCUGGCCUUCGUCAACGAUACACUGGGAAUGGGCGCAGCACGAGAAUUUGCCAAGGCCUCCAUACUUCCCUUCGUUCACAACGACCUACGGCGGCUGGCCGACAUGGUACGCUCAAUCGCGAACUUCCCCAAGCCGGGCAUCCAGUUUCGGCAUGUACUCGGAAUUUCGCAGCAGCCAGGUGGCCUUGCUCUUUGCGCAUCACUACUACAGAGUCACUUCACUGGAUCUUGGGCCAAUGUCGACGCCAUUGUCUGUUGCGAGGUGGGCGGUCUCGUCUUUGCACCGGCAUUAGCAUCGCUGGUAGACGUGCCUCUCGUGCCAAUUCGCGAGGCUGGCAAGCUUCCCCCACCCACCAUCUCGACGACGAAAGAUACAUCGUAUAUUUCUUCCCAAGCUCCUGACCAAGCAAAGAUUGGAAAGCGCAUCGAGAUAGAGCGAAACGCGAUUAUCGGCUCUGACUCGGUCGUGGUCGUGGACGAUGUACUGUCGACGGGUGAGACUCUUUGUGCGGUGCUAUACUUACUGAAAGAGGCUCGUGUAAAGAGUAUCGCAGUCAUGGUGGUCGCGGAGUUCCCACUCCAUUGUGGGCGUAAAUUAUUGUACGAUCGUGGGCACGGUAUGGUGGAUGUGCGGAGCUUGCUCAUGUUUGGUGGUGACUAAGUAGUAUGAGAUGGCCUUGUUAUCGAAACGAUGAAUGCAUCGACUGAAUCAGAUAACAUAAGUCACAGACCAUGAAUACCACGACGUGAU